CCUACGAGUCACACGGUAGAUUAUCCCGUAGACCUGGCACAAUUACCUGCGGCGAUGUGUAUAUAUUGUUCUAGUCUCAAAAUUAAAAAGGAGUAAAUAAACUAUAAAUGGAAGACAAGCGAGGAAUAAAAUAUUCAGCGGUCCCGGUUUCAUUCGACUUUAACAAAUCAAAUGGACUUCCGAAGACGAGUGAAAAUUCCGGAUGCAUUCACGAAUCGAGUCUGCUUCAAAAAAGAAUGGAACUCCAGGAGCAAACCACAUUACCUUCUGCUCAAAGGACAAGCAGCGAAAGCAGCUUUCUCAGUAUGUUCCGGAAAUAUAAAUUGAAAGAAGUUUUUACAUGGAAUCUGCUUCAAACUAUAGUCUUGGGUCAGUGGUUAUCUGUGCUUAUAUGUGGGACUGCGGUCACCAGCCAAUACUUGGCACAAAGUUUUUCUGUGAACACUCCAAUGCUACAGAGCUUUAUUAAUUAUGUUUUACUGUUUCUGACAUAUACUUUUGCGUUGGCCUUGAGAAAAGGGAAUGAAAAUAUUUUGCAGAUUCUAAAGGCGAAAUGGUGGAAGUACUUAUUGUUGGGAAUUACUGAUGUGGAAGCCAAUUAUAUGGUAGUGAAGGCAUAUCAGUUCACAACACUCACAAGCAUACAGCUCUUGGAUUGCUUUGUGAUUCCCGUGUUGAUGGGAUUGUCCUGGUAUUUCCUGAAGACCAGAUACAGGAUAGUCCACUAUGUGGGGGUGGGAGUGUGCUUGCUGGGAGUUGGUGCGAUGGUUGGGGCUGAUGUUUUGUCAGGAAGAGACCAGGGCUCCUCAAGUGACGUUCUGUUAGGAGAUUGUCUGGUUCUCAUUGGUGCUGCCCUGUAUGGUGUUUCCAAUGUGUGCCAGGAGUACACCGUGAAAAACCUGAGCCGAGUGGAAUUCCUAGGCAUGGUGGGAAUGUUCGGGACCUUGCUAAGUGGAAUACAGCUAGCCAUAUUGGAACACAGAGAGGUUGCAAAAAUCAAUUGGACCUGGCAAGUUGGCCUGCUGUUUGCUGUCUAUGCUCUCUGUAUGUUUGGGCUGUACAGCUUCAUGUCCAUUAUUAUUAAAAUGACCAGUGCCACUGCAGUGAACCUCUCCUUGCUGACCGCUGACCUGUUCAGUCUUUUCUUGGGCAUCUUCCUUUUCCAUUGCCAGUUCUCGGUUCUGUACGUCGUCGCCUUGGUGGUGAUCAUGAUUGGGUUUGUUAUGUAUAACUCGGUGCCAACAUACACUCUGGCUGCUGCAUCUGAACCGGCCGGGCCAGGCAUUGAUAAUCCUGCCUCAGAGACAGAGGAGGAUAACAAACAGGAAAUGGCCAUAGAGAUUCCACCGGCAGUAAUGGACACAGCAGCUGCACAAGUAACAACUGAUGGCCCAGGCACGUGAACUCUAAAAUGGAAUGGAGUGGACUGGAAUACACCUUGCUUUUUAUAUAGAAAAAUAAGUCUGAAAGAGUUUUUUGUUUGCUUUUUAUAGAUAAUUUAAAGAAUUAGCAAUGAUUUAAUUGCUGCCAUUCACAGGGUGAGACACAAAAGCCAUUAUGCGUCUGUCUCCAUUUUUCCCCAGUUUGGUAUUAUUUAUUUGUUUUUUUUGUGAGAGGCUAUGAUAGAAAUCGGUCGAGUAAGAGUGAAUCAUUAUUUUGCACAUUCCGUAAAAACAUAUGACUUCGGUUGUUGAAGCUGGGAGUGUAAAAUCUAUUGCAUUGUCUUUCCUGGGUUUCAGAAGCAAUGCUUUUACAAGUUUGAUUUUGGCUUGUCUUCAACUACCUAUUUGACUUCUGACAAACGAUUGAAACAUUAAAAUGUUGCGUAUUAGAGAUGUGAAGUGUUUUCUUUAUGAAAAUGAUGGAUUUGUAUUUUUUUUAAAUGGAGACGUAUCUCAAAGUUUUGAAAGAAUAAUGGCAUUCAAAUUACUUGUCUGUCAAGCACUGAGAAGAUAUUGUUCAGCUGUCUUCCAUCUUAGAAAUUAAUGCCAGUACUGUUUCAGGAGAAGCCUUAUCUUCAUUGUUAAAACUGGAAUCUUCUGUAACUCAUUCAGAGGUUGCCACUGCCUUAAUGCUGCUACCUUGUUGAGGUAACACCUUGCAUGUUUUAUAUGUGAGGGUUUGCUUCUUAAUUAAUGAGCAAGCUGAAUCUUAAAACAUUUUUGUUUCUUUAAAAAUGGCAUUUGAUAGAGUAAAUCAGAGGUGUGAAACUAGUCCUUAAGGAUAAUAAUGCAGUAGGCUUUAAAGAUGACUUUAAUUCAUCAGCUAACUAUUGGCUGGUUUCAGACAAGAUAUGCUGCUGAACAAUGAAAAUGCAACCAUCUUAGUGUCGCAGUAGUCACUAGUUCUGUGGACAUUGGUUGUUAUUUUUAUUUUAAAUAGUGAUAGGGUUUGUUGAGGAUUUGAGUAGUACUGUUAUUUGGUUAAACAAAAUACCGAACUUUCAUAAAAUCAUAUGAGUUUAGUAUUUGAGUUCAGUAAAUUGCACCAAUGAGUUGAUUAUAAAUCUUUAAACAGAUAUGCAGAAAAAGCACGAUUUUAUAAAAACAACAUCGGUGAAAGAUAUGGUCAUGUCCUAGUUAAGUUAUAAAUAUCCUUUGAUCACUACUGACAUGAUUUAAAAUGGCUUGUCUGUGAGGGAAUCUGCCUGUAGAAUGGAUAUUCUGUUUCAGUAAUAAUUUCACUAAUUCAGAAAACCUCUUGAGAGUUAGGUGACAUCCUGUAAGACAGGGGACCUUUCAAACUGGCUGUGGGAUGUUACAUCCGUCUUAUUUAUGGAAUUAUUUUCAGAAUGUGUGUGGGCAUUACAUGAAAAAUUCCUGGAUGAACUAAUGCAAAUUUGCAGAGUGGUUGUAGCUCACCAUUUGCAAUAAAAUUACUUGAAUGCUCACAGGCCAUACAGGAGUAACAUUGAAAGCUGAGAGAUACAAUUACUAUCUUGUGGGCCAGAUAAUGUAUCAUGUUGGAAUGUCUUACAGUAUAUUGCGAUAAAUUGACAGACCUCCAUGUACAGUAAUAUCUUCACAGCAUGUGAGGAUAUCAUUGUAUGCGUUAAGGUGACUGCUGCAUUGUUCAAGAUAGCAGUGUCUGACCAGUCUGGCCCCAGCUGUGUGGAACUUUGCAAUAAGCAGAACAUCCCACAGCACUCUGUUCAGAGGCUGAUCAGGUCCGGGCAUCAAACAAUACCGGGGUUGUGUUAUAGUUCAAUGAAUUCAGCAAUAAGUGAUACUGACUUUGUAUGUUUUCCUUUUUGACAGGGUGUCAAAUAUAUGAUUCUUUGAUUUGUACUUUUGUUAAAGUGUUUUGUUUCAUAUAUAUUUGAGUUUUUUUAAUUAAAUCUAUUAGACCUGAGUUUCUAACAUGCAUCCAUAUAUUUCUAAGUUCCAUUAAGUAUUAAGAUGAUUUCAAGGAUUUUAUUUGGGCACUUUAAACAAAUGUUGUGUACUUCUGGCAAAAAAAAUACCAAGGUUUUAUAGCACUUAUAUAUGUAUAAUAAAACACUGUUAAAAUACAAAA